UUAAAUAAUGAUAGUAUAAUUGCCAGUUGAUGGCUUCCCCCUCUCGCUGCCGCGCUUUAAUUGGAGUGCAUGCGAUGCAUGGACCCUUUCCCUCCUCCCUCCCGGCGAGCGAUCGAGUAAAUAUCAGGCACGCACCAGCUACCUACCAAGCUAUAGCCAGCUACACGACCAGCGAGGGAACAAGCUCGGUCCUCCUUGAAUCUUGAUCACAGCGGCUGCUGCCUGCAGCCUGGAGCGACAGCUGCAUGUCGAUCGUGUCUGCGCCACCCAUGCACUAGCUAGCUUGAGGAAGCGGUGGAGGUGCAGAAGCGUCUGGAAGCUUCUAAGAGGCCGUCAUCGGGGUCGAACCGAUGGGCAACGCGUGCUUCUCCUGCUGCGUCGCCUCGUCCCAGCCAGAGCGAGCGAGAGCACGGCCGCAGGACAGGAAGAGGCCGGCGACGCCUCCAAGACCGAGCGGCAGCAACACCGCCAGGGCGAGUCCCAAGCCACGGCCCCGGCCGCGGGGCAAGGCGAAGCCCAACCCGUACGCCCAGCGCGGCGGCGGCGGCUCGGCUACCUCGGCGGCGCGCGUGCUGGACGGCGUGGUGCCGCACCACCCGCGGCUGCGCGUGACGGACAAGUACCACCUGGGGCGCGAGUUGGGGCGCGGCGAGUUCGGGGUCACGCGGCUCGCCACGGACCGCGGCGCGGCGCGGGAGCGGCUGGCGUGCAAGUCCAUCCCCAAGGCGCGGCUGCGGACCGCCGUGGACGUGGCCGACGUGCGCCGCGAGGUGGCCAUCAUGGCGUCGCUGCCGGACCACCCGGCGCUCGUGCGGAUGCGCGCCGCCUACGAGGACGACGACGCCGUGCACCUCGUCAUGGAGCUCUGCGACGGCGGCGAGCUGUUCGACCGGAUCGUGGCGCGCGGGCGGUACACGGAGCGCGCCGCGGCGGCGGCCGCCAGGACGGUGGCCGAGGUGGUGCGGGCAUGCCACGCGCACGGGGUCAUGCACCGGGACCUCAAGCCGGAGAACUUCCUCUACGCCGGCAAGGAAGAGGACGCGCAGCUCAAGGCCAUCGACUUCGGCCUCUCCGUCUUCUUCCGACCAGGCGAGCGGUUCACUGAGAUCGUGGGCAGCCCGUACUACAUGGCCCCGGAGGUGCUCCGGCGCAGCUACGGCCCCGAGGUGGACAUCUGGAGCGCCGGCGUCAUCCUCUACAUCCUCCUCUGCGGCGUCCCUCCCUUCUGGGCCGAGACGGAGCAGGGCGUGGCGCGCUCCAUCCUCCGCGGCGCGCUCGACCUCGACCGCGAGCCCUGGCCCCGGAUCUCCGACAGCGCCAAGAGCCUCGUCCGCCAGAUGCUCCACAUGGACCCCCGCAAGCGCCUCACCGCCCGCCAAGUCCUCGCGCACCCGUGGCUGCAGGACGCGAAGAAGGCGCCGAACGUGCCGCUGGGGGACGUGGUGCGGGCGAGGCUGAAGCAGUUCUCCGUCAUGAACCGCUUCAAGAAGAAGGCGAUGCGGGUGAUCGCCGAGCACCUGUCGGCGGAGGAGGUGGAGGUGAUCAAGGAGAUGUUCGCCUUCAUGGACACGGACAACAACGGCCGGGUCACGCUGGAGGAGCUCAAGGCCGGCCUCGCCAGGGUGGGGUCCAAGCUGGCCGAGCCCGAGAUGGAGCUGCUCAUGGAGGCCGCCGACGUUGACGGCGACGGCUACCUCGACUAUGCCGAGUUCGUCGCCAUCACCAUCCACCUGCAGCGCCUCUCCAACGACCAACACCUCCGCAAGGCCUUCCUCUUCUUCGACCGCGACAGCAGUGGCUACAUCGAGCGCGCUGAGCUGGCCGACGCCCUCAUCGAUGACUCCGGCAAGGCCGACGACGCCGUCGUCGACCACGUCCUGCAGGAGGUCGACACCGACAAGGAUGGUCGGGUCAGCUUCGAGGAGUUCGUCGCGAUGAUGAAAGCCGGGACGGACUGGAGGAAAGCGUCACGGCAGUACUCCAGGCAGCGCUUCAAGUCGCUCAGCAACAGCCUGAUCAAGGACGGCUCCAUCUCCAUGGCGCGCUGACCAUCCGCCACACAUACAUUCAUGUUGUACUUCCGACUUCAGAUGGUCGAUGUGAUGCUUGGUUUUUGUUUCAUACGCCAGUUCAAUUGAAUUGGAUUUAGUUUGUUCCAGCGGUUUGUUCGUGGUAUUGUGUCUGUGGUGGACUGUCUGAAUCUUCUCAGGAUUAACGCGGAAACGACUUUGGUCUGAU